AACCUGAGCAAACUUUUUUCGGCUGAAUCAGAGGUUUACUAUAAAAGACCCAGCUGCCUCCCGCACUUUCUGCACUGCUGACCUGAGACCCAACAUGCAGACUCUCCUCCUUGUGGCGCUGCUCGGAUCCUUCGCCGCUGUGUUCGCGGCCCCCGCUGACAAGGUGAAAUGGUGCGUCAAGUCGCAAAAAGAGCUGGACAAAUGCCUCAACCUCGCGGCCAAAGCUCCUGCAUUCUCCUGCGUGAAGAGAGACAACACCAUCGACUGCAUCAUUGCCAUUAAGGCUGGUGAGGCAGAUGCCAUCACUUUAGAUGGAGGGGACAUCUACACUGCUGGACUGAUCAACUACGACCUGCAACCCAUUAUUGCUGAGGACUACGGUACCACUUCAGAAACCUGCUACUACGCUGUCGCUGUGGUGAAGAAGGGCACUACAUUUGGCAUCAAAGGGCUCCAGGGGAAGAAAUCCUGCCACACUGGUUUGGGUAAAUCUGCAGGCUGGAACAUCCCUGUAGGCACUCUGUUGUCCAUGGGUUUAAUUCAGUGGACAGGCAUUGAAGACACCCCUUUGGAAGACGCGGUGAGCAACUUCUUCUCCGCCAGCUGUGCCCCCGGGGCAACACCUGGCAGCAAACUGUGCCAGCAGUGCAUCGGAGACUGCUCCAGGUCCCACAAUGAGCCUUACUACGACUACGCCGGAGCCUUCCAGUGUCUAAAGGACGAUGCUGGAGAUGUGGCUUUUGUGAAGCAUCUUACUGUCCCUGAUUCCGAAAAGGCAAACUAUGAGCUGCUGUGCAAGGAUAACACCAGAGCGCCUGUGGAAGACUUUAAGACCUGCCAUUUGGCCAAAGUACCGGCUCAUGCAGUUGUCACCCGCAAGGACCCGCAGCUCACUGAAUUAAUCUGGAAUAGCCUCAGCUCAGUACAGGGCUUUGAUUUGUUCUCCUCUGAAGGCUAUGCACCUUCCAAAAACUUGAUGUUCAAGGACUCAGCAGUGAAGCUGGUGAAGCUGCCUGCAAACACAGACUCCUUCCUGUAUCUGGGUGCUGAAUACAUGAGCAUUGUCCGUUCCCUUAAGAAAGAGCCAACAAGCGCUAGUUCCUCCGCCAUUAAAUGGUGUGCUGUGGGCCACGCUGAGACCAGCAAGUGUGACAGUUGGAGCAUCAACAGUAUGGGUGAUGAGAACACCGUCAUUGAAUGCCAGAAUGCCGCCACAGUAGAUGACUGCCUGAAAAAGAUUAUGCGUAGUGAGGCUGAUGCGAUGGCAGUGGAUGGAGGUCAGGUGUACACAGCGGGAAAGUGUGGCCUGGUGCCAGUUCUGGUGGAGCAGUAUAAUGAAGACUCGUGCAACAACCCUGAAGCUCUGGCCUCCUCUUACUAUGCUGUUGCUGUGGUAAAGAAGAGUUCAGGUUUGACCUGGGAAACAUUGAAGGGCCACAGGUCUUGCCACACAGGUGUCGGCAGAACUGCUGGCUGGAACAUCCCCAUGGGUCUAAUCUACAAACAGACUCAAGACUGUGACUUCACCAAGUUCUUCAGCAGCGGCUGUGCCCCCGGAUCAGUCCCCAGCUCUCCAUUCUGUUCAAAGUGUGCUGGUAGUGGAAAAGCAGUUGGAGAUGAGUCAAAGUGCAAAGCCAGUGCUGAAGAGCAGUACUACGGCUACGCAGGAGCUUUUAGGUGUUUGGUUGAGGAUGCAGGGGAGGUUGCCUUCAUCAAACACACAAUUGUUCAAGAAAACAGCAACGGCAAUGGUCCAGCAUGGGCUGCAGGACUAAACUCUAAUGACUACCAGCUGAUCUGCCCUGGGAAGAGCCCAAUGGAAAUCUCAGAUUACGCAUCAUGUCACCUGGCAAAAGUGCCCGCCCACGCUGUCGUGACACGUCCGGAAAGAAGGAACGAUGUUGUUCGAAUCCUUCAAGGACAGCAGACCAUUUUUGGUAGCAGUGUCAGUGGUGCCCAAUUCAGGAUGUUCCAGUCAGAAUCAGGGAAAAACCUGCUCUUCAAGGACUCCACCAAAUGUCUCCAGGAGAUUGCGGCUGGAACAAAUUAUAAAACCUUUUUGGGAGAAGAGUACAUGAAUGCCAUUUCUUCACUCAGAAGUUGCGGUGAAACCACUCCAGAUCUGGAGAAAUCUUGCUCUUUCCAUAAGUGCCAGCAAAAAAACUAGUGGCUACCAUGGACCAUGAGGUGCCUUAUUCAGCCAUCAGUGAUACUGGCACCUCACUUCACAACUUCAACCCCCUAAUUGCCUUUUGUAUUUUCUUACUGAUCCUGCUGUAGACCCAUUUUUAAAAGAACAACCAAUAAUUGCAAUACCACAACUUACAGAUCAACUUUCAUGUAAACAACCACAUCUAGCUUUUUCCAUGUUGUUGAAACAUAAUGUUACAUUACCUUUGUUAUUGGAUCAACUAUGUUAUGUUAACACGUGCUUGACUUUUCUCAAAUAAAGCCUUUUAAUGCUC